CUUCCCUGCAACCAUCAUCACAACCCUCUCCCCGCAACAACAUGGAGUUCUCUACCAUGUUGAACGAAAUUCCCAACUCAGUUCUCGCUGCCUUUGCGGGAAUUGGAUUCAUUUUCAUUUCUAGCAAAGCCGUCAGCUUUCUCCGACUCUUUCUCAGCCUUUUCGUGCUUCCGGGGAAGAAUUUGCGAAGUUAUGGCCCAAAAGGUACCUGGGCAGUAGUGACCGGGGCCUCCGACGGAUUGGGCAAAGAAUACGCCAUCCAACUCGCCCAAAAGGGGUUCAAUUUGGUCCUCGUCUCACGCACAGAAGCUAAGCUUUCGACUCUGGCAUCGGAAAUCGAGCACAAAUAUGCCGGCUCUGCUAUCAAAACCAAGACCCUACCCAUGGAUUUUGCCCGGAACGAUGAUGCAGAUUAUGCAAAGCUGAAAGCGUUGGUGGACGGGCUUGAUGUUGGGAUCCUGAUCAACAACGUGGGGCUGUCACAUAGCAUGCCUGUACCAUUUAUUCAAACACCAAGACAAGAGAUGUUAGAUAUUAUUACCAUCAAUUGUGUGGGGACAUUGAAGGUCACGCAGAUCAUUGCACCGCGUAUGGUACAACGGAAACGCGGACUCAUCCUCACCAUGGGUUCUUUUGGCGGACUCUUCCCUACCCCGCUCCUCGCAACCUAUUCCGGCUCCAAAGCAUUCUUGCAACAGUGGUCUACUGCUCUAGGUGGAGAACUCAAAGGAACUGGCGUUGAUGUCGAGCUAGUCCUAGCAAACCUGAUCACGACGGCCAUGAGCAAGAUCCGCAAGCCCAGCUUGUUUAUCCCGAACCCGAGGAACUUUGUUAAGGCAGUUCUAGGUAAGGUUGGCAGAAGUGGCAGCGCUCAGAACAUGGCCUAUACGAGUACGCCGUUUUGGGGACAUGCUCUCGUACAAUGGGUCAUAGAGAACACGCUUGGUGUUGGAGCAGACUUUGUGGUGGGCCAGAAUAGAGGGAUGCAUGAGAAGAUCAGGGCAAGAGCAUUGAAGAAGGCGGCAAGGGAUGCGAAGAAGGCAUGAGGGGAUACACAGUGUAUAUGGUGGAAAAGAGAGAGGGUUGUAUUGCUAGAAGGCGUUGAAGCAUGGGUUUCAAUCAUAAGGUUGUUGUAGACAAAGUACUAAUCCAUUGCUUCGCUGU